UGCAUAUGAGCAGGUAGGGUUUAAGCGGCCUUCCUCUGGACCUCCGAAUCCGUUCACCUAAACCUCUGAAGUAGAAAUGGCUACGUUCUGCAGAUCAGCUCUAGCGCCUGGUUCCAGGUCCCUUGUUGCUCGUUCCAAAACCCUAACGCAAAAAUCCAUAAGCCCGAAAGCAAUACCCUCGCCCGCGGUUUCUUCAUCGACUAGAGCCGUCCCUCGCGCUUCAAGGAUUGUUUCGGUGUUGGGGGGCGUUGAGUCAAUGAUGCCACUUCAUAGCGCCAUUGCUUCUGCUCGGCUCAAAUCCAUACUUGCCGUCGAUUCCUCCUGCUGGAGCUGUCUCUCUCAAGGGUUUGCAAUGCCAUUGUGAAGGGCUUGCUGGAUAUUGUGGGACAAUAAAUGCUAGGAUUUAUAUUUAAUCCACUUCGUGGAAGGGAAGAAAACCUUUGAAUGUUUUUUUUUUUCAAUUUGUAUUGUGCAACAGUUGCAAGCUUGUUUAACCAACUUAUGAAGUGCUGUAGUCCUUCUUCUUCUUUUAUAAAUUUCAAGAGAAUGGAUUAUUUGGAUAUUCUAGUGGUUGGCACUGGUUCAAAUGGAUAUGAGACUCUUAGUUAUAAUAAACUUUCCUUUCACUGUUAA